CAAUGGUGUCGUUUCAGUAUUCGACAUGACAAAGAUAUUCGGCGUUCCAUUUCGCUGAUUGGCUGCAGUAUGAUAAUCAAAUUAUCAAGCUGCACGUGCAGGAAGACAAUUUUUCAAUCACAGGAGCUUGUCAAGGAAUUUGCAUUGCGUUGUUCGUGUCAUGGAGGUUGCUUCCUUGUUCGUGUUUCGCCAGGUUUUUCGAAGUUUGGGGAUUCUACGCGGGAUAUUCUAUGGGAGAUUGCGGGACUGGACGUCUGGUGGUGCUACACAUACGUCUGAGUGUAAGAACGUCGAGGGUUACAGCGCAACAGGUGGUUCAAACAUGGCCGCGGUGCAGGUGAAAUACCGUCCGGUAGGGGUCCUCUCUGUACUGAUUCUGCUGUCGACGCUGGUGGUGAUCUCCAUGAAAAGUAGAAAGAGGACCAGAGCAUUGACAAAGGAUCUACAGCCAACAAGAGGUACACCGAAGACCGUACCAGACUGUCUAGGUUACUGCGCAUGUCUCAAGUUCACAGACCCCGGAUGUACGGAAAAGAUCGACUUGAUUUUCAUCCGAACGGAAAGGACUGGAAGUGACGUGUUGGCGUCCAUGUUCCAUCGGUUCGGCCAUGAGAGGAAGUUGGAGUUCGUCCUUCCGCGAGGAGGGGAGGACGAUUUAUAUCUAGGAUGGCCAGGCCCGGUAGAGUUGAGACACUACCGCCCCCGGCACACCCGUCACUUCAACCUGCUGGUAGAGAGAACCGUUUAUGACAAACAAGCGUUACGUCACCUCUUCCCUCAUGGCGCUUCUUACGUCACCGUUCUGAGGGAACCCUGGGCUCAGUUCAAGUCCGCGUUCCACUACUACGGUGUCGAUACGGUCGUCGGUAUACAAGGAGACGACCCCAUAGCAGAGUUCCUACAGCGCCCACAGUACUAUGACGAUGUGUACAGGUCAUCAGAGGCCAGGAGUAGGAGGUCCGAGGUUCCAGGCGGUGUGUUGGUUACACACAACCCCAUGGCACGCGACCUCGGCAUCUCAGAACAGUCAUGGCACAAUGUGACGGCCAUCAAUGAGCAAAUCAAGGUAUGUGAAAGUAAAAUAACUACUAGUAUAUGUGACAAUAUCAUAUGCAAUUCAAAGAGCCAAUCUUCUUGGGUGUUAGAUCAUCUCCUAAUACAACUUUACAACUUACAUGGGCCUUAAAUUCGAAUUGUUCCUUUCUGAUCCAAGUCUUGUUCGCUCUGUUGUUGACCAAUGUUUGGAUUGUAUUUCUGUUCUUUUCGGGUCCGGGGGUAGCCGAUGAGGCAUGUCUAGAUUAGGAUUCUAGCUAGGAGGCUAACGAUUGUGCAGGAUGUAUAAAGUUCCUUUGCGUUCAGUUGUGAAAUAUUCUGAACAUGGGAGUAAAAUUAAGAUUGACAUUUUGGGAACAUUUAAAAUCAUCCGAGGAGAUCUAGAUAUUCAUUCGUCCUUUGCUUCGGGUAGUGCUAAGGUGACGCAAACCUCUACGCCGCUUGUGUUAAGACCCUUCCGAAACGCCAGACACAUGUCUUCCACAUCUUCCUCUGACGUGUGAGUGUCCACAAACUUGCCGGUGAAGUGCAUUUGUCCGCCGAGGAUGAAGUAGGCCUUACGGUCGAUGACGGUGAC